UCUCCACCACCGUCCGGAACUCAGAUUCUCCCCAGACCGCGAGGAUGAGAGUGAUGAUGCCUCCAACCUUCCUCCUGCUGCUCUCGGGGGCCCUGACCCUGACCGAGACCUGGGCGGGCUCCCACUGCAUGAGGUAUUUCUACACCGCCGUGUCCCGGCCCGGCCGCGGGGAGCCCCGCUUCAUCGCCGUCGGCUACGUGGACGACACGCAGUUCGUGCGGUUCGACAGCGACGCCGCGAGUCCGAGGAUGGAGCCGCGGGCGCCGUGGGUGGAGCAGGAGGGGCCGGAGUAUUGGGAGGGGGAGACGCGGGUGUUCAAGGACCCCGCACAGGGUUUCCGAGUGGGCCUGAACACCCUGCGCGGCUACUACAACCAGAGCGAGGCCGGGUCUCACACCCUCCAGACAAUGUACGGCUGCGACGUGGGGCCGGACGGGCGCCUCCUCCGCGGGUACAGGCAGGACGCCUACGACGGCGCGGAUUACAUCUCCCUGAACGAGGACCUGCGCUCCUGGACCGCGGCGGACACGGCGGCGCAGAUCACCCGGCGCAAGCGGGAGGCGGGCGGUGAGGCGGAGCAGGAGAGGAGCUACCUGGAGGGCGAGUGUGUGGAGUGGCUCCGCAGAUACCUGGAGAACGGGAAGGAGACGCUGCAGCGCGCAGAAGCCCCAAAAAGACACGUGACCCACCACCCCGUCUCUAACCGUGAGGUCACCCUGAGGUGCUGGGCCCUGGGCUUCUACCCUGCGGAGAUCACCCUGACCUGGCAGUGUGAUGGGGAGGACCUGACCCAGGACACAGAGCUUGUGGAGACCAGGCCUGCCGGGGACGGGACCUUCCAGAAGUGGGCGGCUGUGGUGGUGCCUUCUGGAGAGGAGCAGAGAUACACCUGUCGUGUGCAGCAUGAGGGGCUGCCUGAGCCCGUCACCCUGAGAUGGGAGCCACCCUCUGAGUCCACCUUCCUCAUUGUGGGCAUCAUUGCUGGCCUGGUUCUCUUUGUGGUCAUUGGAGCUGUGGUGGCUGGAAUUGUGAUCCGGAGGAAGAAGCACUCAGGUGAAAAAAGAGGGGGCUACACUCAGGCUGCAGGCAGCGACAGUGCCCAGGGCUCUGAUGUGUCUCUCACGAAUCCUAAAGGUGAGACCCUGGAGGCCUGAACUGGGGGAGGAGUUGGGUCAGAGGGGACAGGACUGGGUUAUGGGAAUUCUUUGAGUGGGACAUACUGAGCUUGUGGUGGGCUGUUGAGAAUGUUAACACUUAUGUGACUGACCUGAAUCUGUUCAUGAUUAUUUUCUCUCACAGUGUGAGACGGCCGCCUUGUGGGGCACUGAGGGAUGCAGGAUUUGUUCAGGCUCCCACUUUGUCACUUCAAGAUCCCCUGACUCCUCUUUCUGCAAGUGGCAUCUGAAUGUGUCUGCGUUCCUAUUAGCAUAAU